AUGGGAAUCUCUGAAGCAUUCGAGUCGCCACCUCCGAAAUGCGAGGGCUGCGAAGUAACCUUCCCAGAAGCAUAUAUCAUGCUGGCAACAAUCAACCGCCCACGUCAGCUCAACUCGAUCCCCUACGCUCUGCACUGGCAGAUGGAUGCUUUGUUCAAGUGGUUUGACAAUGAGCCGUCGCUGCGCGUUGCUAUCGUCACGGGUGCUGGGAACCGUGCCUUCUGUGUCGGCUCCGAUCUGAUCGAGAUGCAGCGGGUCAAGAAGUCUGGCGACGAGUCGUGGAAGGCUGAGCCGUACAAAUACACCCAUCCAACCUCUGGAUUUGCAGGCAUCAGCAGGAGAGAAGGGAAGAAGCCCAUUGUGGCUGCGGUCAAUGGCUAUGCAUUAGGUGGAGGCUGGGAGAUUGCUCUGAAUUGCGAUGUGGUUAUCGCCGUUCGAAGCGCACAGUUUGGUCUUCCUGAAGCCAAGGUCGGACUGUACGCCUACGGGGGCGGUCUCCCUCGUCUGAUUCGAACCGCGGGGCUGCAUAUCGCCAGCGAGAUCGCCCUCAGCGGGCGGCCCAUCAGUGCAGAGGACGCACUACGGCACAAUCUGGUCAAUCGGAUCGCGAAGAAACCCGAGACACUCAUCGAAGAGGCUCUCAGCGUGGCACGCGAGAUCGCAGCCAUAUCGCCAGACGCCAUGAUAAUUACCCGAGCGGCUCUCAGAGAAGCGUGGGAGACGCCCAGCGUCGAGAGGGCGUUUCAAAACACCCACGAGAGGUUCUACGAGAAGAUGAUGGCAGGGGAGAACUCGAGUGAAGGACUGGCUGCGUUCAAGGAGAAGCGGCCUCCGAGGUGGAAGCCAUCGAAAUUGUAG